CAUGAUGAGAGGUACCAAGUCAAAAUGUUAGGUAAUAAGUAAUGAUUGUUAUGUUUCAGAUGAAUAGUAGUAGAUAGAAAUUUUAUAAUUUAAUUACAUAAAAUUUUUACUACAAAUUCCUACAAAUAAAAAGCCUAUUUGGAUCAGCCUAGUUGAUACAGUUAUACUUUAUAGGAGGAAUAGGAUCAAGAUACAUGUAAGAUCCUACAGCUUGCAUCACAAGCGACAUACAUGCAUCAUGUGUUCCAAGGCUUGGAUCAGGGUCUAACAUGAACAUUAUAGGGUCUUGAUCUCAUAUAAUCUGUCAUGUAAUCUUAGUUUUUUUCUGCUGAUUAGGUUUCCUGAAAAGGAAUGGUUCCUCUACCGUACCUCCACCUAUAGUCCCAAAAUUUGGAGUAACUAACACAUGCAUAUAUUAAAAUCUCCCACUACAAAGAUGUGAAGUACAUGGCAGAUUAUAUGAGAUCGAAACCAUAUAAUAAUAUAUAUAAUCUCAACAAACCUUUUCUAUUUACAAUCUCAUGAAAAGAACUUUCUCUAGAUCUGUCAAUGAAAUAAUUGUUUAUAGCUUCACCAAGACUUCCAAUCUUAUGUAGGAACAAGAGUUCAUCAUAAUGGUGCAAGGCUUGUCAAUGUUCUUUAGCCAUGCAUCAUGUGUUCCAAGGCUGGUCAUGUAGUGUUGCAGUGUUGACGUCUAAGAACAUAAAAUUGGAAAUUAAAAUCGAUGAAUCGCCUAACCCGGGUUUUCUAAAUGAGGCCUAAGAUUUGGUCUCAUAACGCAUGACCAAGCAAAUAACAACUUAGUUCAUGGUAAGACUCAAAGUCUCAAACUCAGGAAGAGGCUACCACCGUUUAGUUUAAAAAUUCCAAAUUUUGGGACUACAUGUAGAGGUCGAUGAGCCAUUCUUUUUCAAGAAAACCUAGGCAGCCGAAAACUAGAGUAGAGCAAAUGUAUGAUGGAUAUUUGGGAAACAAUAGAAAGAGUCAAAAGACUAGUAAUGUUCCAUAUUAGUUAUAUAUUUUUUUGUAACACAUGCAUAUAUAUUAAAACCUCGCAUUACAAAAGAUGUGAAGUACAUGACAGGUUAUAUCAGAUUAAGAACCUAUAAUAAUAUAUAACCUCAACGAACUUUUGCUAUUAGUAGUCUCAUGAUCUUUAGUUGUUGUUCUUGAAUAUUAUUUCUUCUAAUGGUGUCAUCAAUUCGUUAUGCUUUGAUAUUUUAUAUUCUUCUUUCCGACCACAGUCUUGAUGCUAUGAACCAUAUCUUAAUCCUCUACUGUGUUACAAAAUGGUAUAUCCGACUCUUCUUGUUCUGAGCUCUCAAGUCCAUGAGUGCAAUCUCUGUCUGAACAACAAUGGAAUAUCUUUUCCAAACAUCACUCUUACUCUUCAUCAUUCUCUCAUGCUCCAUUGUCACAGAAUCCGCCAAGAAAUCUAACCGAAUGGCUUUGAAGCUGAUACACCGUGACACAAUGGCCCGUAACGCUCGAGCUCCGGUCACUCUAGAAGACCAUAUCCAACACCUGACAAGUCUCUCAUCAGCUCGGUUCAUGCAUCUACAGAACACGAUUGAUAAAGAGCUGAGCAGCAGUGACUUCCAAGUCGACAUGCACCAAGCAAUCACGACGUCGAUGUUCUUCGUAAACUUCUCGGUAGGACAGCCUCCGGUGCAGCAGUUCGCAAUCAUGGACACAGGAAGCUCACUGUUAUGGAUCAAAUGUCUUCCAUGCAAACAAUCCUCGUCGUCUCCACGUCCUAUCUUCAAUCCAGCAUUGUCUUCAUCGUACGUAGAGUAUUCAUGCAACGAUGAGUUUUGUAGGUAUGCACCAGCGGGACACUGUGGAUCCUCGCACGAGUGUCUUUACGAGCAAGUGUACAUAAACGGCGCUGGCUCCAAAGGCGUAUUCGCUAAAGAACAGUUAACGUUCACAACGCCUAACGGAAACAGAGUUUUGAGUAAACCAGUUGCGUUUGGGUGUGGCCAUGAGAAUGGUGAACAGUUAGGGAGUGAGUUAACCGGUAUUUUGGGUUUAGGAGCUAAACCGGCGUCCGUCGCGGUCCAGCUCGGGUCUAAAUUCUCGUACUGCAUCGGCGACUUAGCUAACAAAGACUACAGUUUCAACCAGCUGGUUCUUGGAGAGGACGCUGAUGUUCUCGGCGAUCCAACGCCCAUUGAGACGGAGACUGGCAUCUACUACAUGAGUCUUGAAGGGAUCAGUGUCGGGGAGAAACAACUGAAUAUAGAACCAAUGGUUUUCAAAAGAAGAGGAGCAAGAACAGGAGUGAUACUCGACUCCGGGACACUCUUCACUUGGCUCGCAGAAGCAGCUUACAGAGAACUCUAUAACGAAGUAAAAGCCAUUCUUGAUACGCAGCUGGAGAGGUUCUGGUUUAGGGACUUGUUGUGCUACCAUGGGAAAGUAAACGAAGAGCUGAUAGGUUUCCCUGUCGUGACGUUUCGGUUUGCGGGAGGAGCGGAGCUGGCUAUGGAGGCUGCGAGCAUGUUCUAUCCGUUGUCGGAAACUGAUGUGUAUCUUAACGUGUUUUGUAUGUCGGUGAGGCCGACCACGGAACAUGGAAGGCAGUAUAAAGAUUUCACAGCUAUUGGGUUAAUGGCUCAGCAAUACUAUAAUAUUGCUUAUGACCUCAAGGAGAAGAACGUUUAUCUACAGAGAAUCGACUGUGUUCUACUUGAUGACUAUUCUCCAUCCUGAUAACAUAUAAAUAAAUGUAACUGUUGUUCGACCAAAAAAAAAAUGUAACUGUUGUUGAGUGCAACAAGCUGCAUCAUAUCUUACGCAGACACGUUAAAUUUUAAGAAAAUAAAUAGAUUUUUACAGAACUACCCAUUUCUUUUGUAUUUUAAGCUGACCCAUAUAUAUUUUUAUUUAUAAAAUUGUCAGAUGCCUUUAAAUAUU